CAGAGGGCUCGCGCACACCAGAGGAGCAGCAGCACGCAGCAGCAGCAGCAGCAGCAGCAGCAAGAAGAAAGAGAUUUAAACACCAGCCGAUUAUUCUAUUCCUUCUGUCUGCUGUAGUCUGUUCUCCUUACAUUACAGUGACAUUUAACCAGCGCAACACACGCACCUUAUUCCGACGGUGAGAAUCAUUUUUUAAUAGCACAAGUACUAUGGAGGACCAGCUGCUGUGCUGCGAGGUGGACUCCAUCAGGAGAGCCUACCAGGACGUCAACCUGCUCAACGACCGAGUCCUACACACCAUGCUGAAGGCAGAGGAAAACUACCUACCGUCGGCUAACUACUUCAAGUGUGUUCAGAAAGAAAUAGUGCCUAAAAUGAGGAAAAUAGUUGCCACCUGGAUGUUAGAGGUCUGCGAGGAACAGAAAUGUGAGGAGGAGGUUUUUCCGCUGGCUAUGAACUAUUUGGACAGAUUUUUAUCAGUGGAGGCCACCAGGAAAACAAGACUACAGCUGCUGGGAGCUACGUGCAUGUUUCUAGCAUCCAAGAUGAAGGAGACUGUGCCCUUAACGGCGGAGAAACUCUGUAUCUACACCGACAACUCGGUCCAGCCCGGAGAACUGCUGCGAAUGGAGCUGCUGGUUCUCAACAAGCUGAAGUGGGACCUGGCUUCAGUCACGCCUCACGACUUCAUCGAGCACUUCCUGUCCAAGCUGAAGAUCUACCCGUCCACCAAGCAGAUCCUCAGGAAACACGCCCAGACCUUCGUGGCCCUCUGCGCUACAGAUGUCAACUUCAUCGCCAGUCCUCCGUCCAUGGUGGCGGCGGGCAGCGUGGUAGCAGCCGUUCAAGGUCUCUACCUGAAGAGCCAAGACGCUUCCCUGUCCUCCCAGAACCUCACCAACUUCCUGUCGCAGGUCAUCCGCAGCGACCCGGACUGUUUGCGGUCAUGCCAGGAGCAGAUAGAAUCCCUGCUGGAGUCCAGCCUGAGGCAGGCUCAGCAGCACAGCAGCACGACGGAAACCAAACGCGUGGACGAGGACGUGGACCUGUCCUGCACCCCGACAGACGUCAGAGACAUCAACAUCUGAAAUCGAGGCGGCAGCGUCGCGCGAUGAACCCGAUGAUUGAGGGGGAAAAAAAGUUGUAGACGGAGGAGGGCGGCGGACAGGUGGACCGGGGAGGGGUUGCGGUUGCCUCAUCUGAACUCAGCCUCCCCUUCCUCCUCCUCCUUCCUGGUGGGCUGCUAUCACGGCCGACGUGUCCCUCACACACACGCCCGCUGUCCAUUACAGCCGUCAAAGACAGGCCCUGCCCGCCCCGCUACAAACCCCCCACCCCCCCCCCCAAGUCACAUUUCCUGCCAGUGUCCCCUCCCAUCCCGGGAAAAGAAACGAACACUACAGAAAUGUACUCGAAAGAGAGAGAGAGAGAGAGAGAGAAAAAGAGAGAGAAAGAGAAAAAAAAGACACUGAAAAUUGAAAACGACCUGCGUGGGCUGGAGUUAAAGCCACCAAAACAUUCUAGUAGAUUUUUUUUUCUUUUAUUCCCUGAAACAAUAAACUAGGAAUCUUUAAAUUACCACAGACUCAACUCACCUACUAAAACAUCCCAAAGUGUCGUGUACAGUAGGUCCUUGUAGUCUGUCUUCAGGUCUUUUACCUGAAAGCUGACAUUUAUUAAAGAGAAGAGGCUUUUUUUUUCUUCAUUUCUUUUUCUGCUAUAUCUAGAAUGUUUUAGACUUCUUGUCCGAGCUCCCAUGUUUGUCUUGUUGCAGUGCAGACAUUCAUAUAUCCCUGCUUGCUUAUGUUUAGUCACUUUAUUAUAUUAUAUCAUUUUUUAGACCUCUUUAUCAAUUAGUCUUAUACCUCUUUUCUUUCAAGCUUUUUUUGUUUUUUAGUGUGAAACGCUCUGUUGUUUUUAAUGACCCUUCAGCGACCGCAGCUGAUUGUCGAGGUUCGGACAAAUUCCGAUUCUUUGUCCGAUUCCUCUCCGGCAUCGUUCGCUUUUACCCGUUUUUUCACGGCUCGCUGUAAUCCGAUAAGCAUCAAAAAUGGACGCAAGCAGAGUCGUCCACAGUCGUGUUUUCUUCUUCUUCUACUACUUCUUCUUCUUCUUCUUCUUCUUCUCUGUGUAGUCAUACCUAAUACCAUUCCAACUUUUUGUUUCCUAAAAAGAAAAAAAGCACUUUUUGGUCAGCAGUGCUGGCUUGUCUAAAAAAAAAAAAAAAUUAAGAGAAAAAGAGAGAGAGGAAAUCACAAUGAUAAAAGUUUGUAAAACAACAUGAAAAUGGACGGAGGAGGUCUGAGCAGGAGUCUUUAUGGUGAUGGAGAGUCAGAGCAGGCACGCAGACAGUUGCACCUGCAGAAAUACCUUCUUUUUUUCUCUUUUUUUAACGGAAAAAACAAGACUGAAUGCUGCUUGACGCUGUGGCCUUCCAAGUCUCAGAUAAGAGUCUUAGUUUAACAAACAUUUCAUAGAGGCGGAGCUGCUCGUAUCAUCGGAAAUCUCAUUGGUUUAGUUAAAGUUCAGCGUGCAGAGCCAAAGGCUGGAGGUCUGAAGGUAUAAAAAGUAAGUAAAGAGAAGUAUUGUUUUUAUAGCUGAAAUAAUACUUUAUUUUUAUAGAGGAAAAAAAAACACAAGUAUUAUUUAUUUUUGUAGUUGCUAAACUAACCAUGGCUCCACAGAUUGAUGUUUUAACUCAAACCGCUAAGAUGAUUUCUGCCUCCGGAGCAGCUCGGGCCCGUUGAGAAGCGUUAAGGAAAACUCGAAAGAAAAAAAAAAAUCACCAGUACAGCAUCUCCUCCAUUGUUCCACCUCAGUUCAAAUACUGCUCAUGGAUUCUGGGAAAGGGGAUGAAGCUAAGAAAAAUGUAUUAAAAAGGAAAAAAAAAUAGAGGAGUGUUGAGACUAUUGACGUGAUUUUGCACAAACCUAAAAGACGUGGGCUGCGUUUCUUGGGGUAAAAAAAAAAAAGAAAAA